UUACAGCUGUUGUUAUCAGUGAAGCUUUUCCAAGUGCACUUUACAAGGCGUCUUUUCCAAACGAUUUGCACAAGCCGUAAACCAUCUGCCGGAUAUCUGAAGUGCUCUUGAAACCCGACCAAGUUUGUUGCCGUACUCCACAGUCACUGCCCGGAUCCGCUUACGUAAUGCUCGCCAAUUUGGGCAGACGUUUGGGAACCCGUUCCGCCCUUAUUACCCGGUUAAUGCAUACGGAGCGGAAAGUACGGGUUAAUGGCGCCGACUUGCACAUUGUAGAGUCCGGCAGUGGAGAGCGAAGUCUUCUGCUGAUGCCUGGAGCUCUGGGCUCUGCCUGGACUGACUUCAAGCCGCAGAUCGAGCAGCUUCCCAAGUUGCUCCCCGGACACACGAUCAUCGCUUGGGAUCCGCCGGGUUACGGCAAAUCAGUGCCACCGCAGCGCAAGUUUGGACUGGAGUUUUUCAGAGAGGAUGCCCAGGCAGCGGUGGAUUUGAUGCGAGCCCUGGAUAGGCCAAAGUUCUCCAUCCUGGGCUGGAGUGAUGGAGGAAUCACAGCCCUUAUCGUCGCUGGUCGUUAUUCGGAUGCUGUGGACCGCCUAGCUAUCUGGGGAGCUGGAGCUUACCUGAAUGCAGAUGAGGUCAAGGCCUUGAAUAACAUCCGUGAUGUGGCCAAGUGGUCCCCACGUAUGCGUGAGCCCAUGGAAAAGGUGUACGGCGUGGAGAGAUUCGCUCAACUCUGGGCCGAAUGGGUGGAUGCCGCUUGUGCAUUCUACGACCAAAAAGAUGGUGACUUUUGUCGGUCGGAAGUGAAGCAAAUAAAGUCACCUACCUUUAUUCUGCACGGGAAAAAGGAUCCCAUGAUAGCAGAAGAACAUGUCCCCUGGUUAAGGAAGCACUUGCCCCAGGCUAAGUACCACGAGUUCCCCGAAGGCAAGCACAACAUCCACCUGCGCUAUGCGGAGGAGUUCAACAAACUGGUUGCAGACUUUUUCAAUAAAAAGGCAUAGGCUAUGAAAAGCAAGUUGAUUUUGACUUGGAACUGGUAAGGCCUAACAUUUCCGGAAAUAUAGAUUUGGCUUAGGUUAUUUACAUAUCUUUACAUAUUCGAACUUCCGGUUAGAGUUUACCCUUAAAGUAACGAAAAUAGAAUAAGUGAAACACUGGUUUGAAAAUAGAUAAAGAUAUAGUUAUAGUUGUCUUGGUUUUUUAAAUAAUGAAUAAAAUUGUUUUCACUCGAUA